AUCAGUGUUCAACCCAGAUCCCAAAUGAGUGUUCCACCCAUUGUAUAGUGUCAAAUGUCAAUCUAUAUCAACCCGCCAAUGCCCAAACAGUUGAUCAUCCGCUUUUUGUUCAAUUUUAGAUUAACAAAGCCAGUAUGCUUCUCAAUCAUUCCAAAUAGCCAAAUAAAUUUGGUUGGCAAUUGACAUUGAUAUUUAUGGCAAUUGGUGCGUGGGACUUGUAGCUUUGUAGGUAUUCAAUUCUACUCUACAGACAACCCAAAAAAGGAAAAUUUCAAAAUCAUAAAUUAAGGGAAUUUCAAAAUCUGCACAUUCUAAACUUGCUGCGCAGCAAUGGCAUGAAAGAUUGAUAUUGCAUUGUAAAUGGUUUUUAAGGAUAACUCAAUGUGCUAAAUUUUGUGUAUUUCAAGAAUUGGGGAAGGGCUUGGGGAGGGCUAUGAAGGAGAUGUUGCUUUUGCAAGUGCUCUUGAUACCUUUGCUGGAGGGAAUAAUGAUCCUUUAGCUAUUUUAUUUGGAGGUCCUGCCAUGGCAAAAUUUACUGUCACCUUAAGAGAGAUUGGUACGUACAAGGAAGUUCUUCGAUCACAGGUGGAGAACAUAUUGAAUGUUAAGCUGCUACAAUUUGUCAAUGCCGAUCUGCACGAUGUCAAGGAAGCUCGUAAGCGCUUGGAUAAGGCUGCAACCAUGUAUGAUCAGGCUCGUGAGAAGGUUUUAUCGCUGAAAAAAAGUGCUAGGAAGGAUACAGUUGCUAUUAUAGAGGAGGAACUUCAUGCUGCAAGAGCUUUCUAUGACCAAGCACGUUUCAAUUUGGUUACUGCUCUUUUACAUGUGGAAGCAAAAACGCAUUACGAGUUUUUGGAAGCUGUGAGCCGCUCAAUGGAUGCACAUCUACAUUACUUUAAACAGGGUUACGAGUUGUUGCUUCAGAUGGAACCUUAUAUGAAGCAGAUUCUUGACUAUGCAAAGCAAUCAAAACAAAGUUCCAACAAUGAGCUCACGUCUCUAAAUGAAAAGAUAAAAGAAUACAAAAGACAGAUCGAUCAGCAAAAUAGGCAGUCUGUCAAUGGCUCAUCUGAUAUUCCUGGAGUAGAUUGUUCACUACCUUUUUCCAAAGGCACUGAUAAAGCAAUUGAAGAAGUUAUGCAUUCUUCUACAAAUGGAAAGAUACAAACCAUUCAACAAGGAUACCUGUUUAAGCGUUCUUCUAAUUUGAGGGCGCACUGGAAACGAAGGUUUUUUGUUCUGGAUAGUCGUGGGAUUUUGUACUAUUAUCGAAAGCCACGAAGCAAGGCUUCAAUUGGAAACAGUAGGUUUUCUGGUCCACUUCAUGGUUCUGUUGAGUCUGGGUCAGCACUUGGCCUAUGGAUUUCUUCUCAUUACAAUAAUGUUACGAUUAACGAAGAAAAAUCUGUGGCACGUCACACCGUCAACCUGCUAACAUCAACAAUAAAGCUUGAUGAUGAGCAGUCAGAUAUGAGAUUUUGCUUCAGGAUCAUCUCGCCUGUGAAAACCUACACCUUACAGGCAGAGAAUGCUGCAGAUCAGAUGGAGUGGGUUGAAAAGAUAAGAGGAGUAAUUGCUUCAUUGUUGAUAUUACAAGCUGUUGAUGGGGAUCCAACUGCUAUGACAGACUCUGGUUCCUCUGAAUGUUCUUCCAUUGUCAAUCCAUCAGUCACUGAAGAAGUUUCUUCAAAUACUUCUGGGCAUAGUUACCAGCAGCAAAGACAUUGUGUGAGAGUUGAGAAACCUAUCGAGCUUUUGAAAAAGGUGGAUGGUAAUGAGAGAUGUGCUGAUUGUGGUGCUCCUGGACCUGACUGGGCUUCUUUAAACCUUGGUAUACUCAUUUGCAUAGAAUGUUCUGGUGUACACCGCAAUCUUGGUGUUCAUAUAUCAAAGGUAAGGUCUUUGACACUGGAUGUAAGAGUGUGGGAGCCUUCUGUUAUAUCUUUGUUUCAAUCCGUAGGUAAUGUGUAUGCAAAUUCAGUCUGGGAAGAAUUUUUGCAUGCUGAAAACUUUUCUGAAGAAGAUGAACGACCAAUAAUCUUCCCAAAGUCCGAACAACACAAACCGGCAUUUAUGAAAAAGCCUACACACAAUGAUCCUAUUGCAGUAAAAGAGUUAUUCAUUCAUGCAAAGUAUGAAGAAAAAGUUUUUGUUCGCAAGAAAAAGGCAAAUCAGACCGCCUUAUCUGUGUCGCAGGAAAUGUGGGAGAGUGUUUGUGCCAAUGAUAAGAAAGCAGUUUAUCACCUCAUUAUAUGCUCUGAAGCAGAUGUUAAUUCCAUGCAUAGACAACCGUCUACUGCAAAAUCAUUUUUUAUGUCGAGAGUCAAAGAUUCAGAUGAAGCUCCCCUCAUCCACGAUGCUGAUAGAGGAAGAGAAAUAUCUCUUGAGAGGACUGCCUCGAGGUCAUGGAGCUCACUAGCUAAGGGAAAAGAUCCAUUUCGAGAAAGUUGUUUUGAUGGAUGUACUCUGCUUCACUUGGCCUGUCAAUGUACUGAUGUAGGCAUGGUGGAAUUGCUCUUACAGUAUGGUGCAAACAUGGAUGUGGCUGAUUCAAGAGGUCAAACACCACUUCAUUAUUGCAUUACAGAACAGAAAGCCGAUAUUGCAAAAGUACUUCUCAUGAGGGGAGCCAAGGGAAAGACCAUUGACAAGGAAGGCAAAUCGGCAAUGCAAUUGGCUGUGGAUUUGAAACUAAAUGACAAUGAGGUUAUGAGUCUUUUGAAAGUUUGUUGCAGCUAGAGAUUAGUGAGUGACAAAUGGAUUUAGGAAUAUGAAAAUAGAGGUACACCGUAUACUCCCCCCUUGGACGCUUGGAUGUAUAAGCUUUAUCCUGAGUGUUUAAGAGAUGCAGCAUAUUGUAUCCUUCCCUGAAAUUCAUAUGUAGUAUUUCAAAAAUGUAUAGCUCCCAAUCCAUCAUGUAUUAUAAUGCCCCUCUACUUUCCUUUUACUAUUUUCAAGUGAUAGCUUGUACAUUCUUGUAGCUAUAUUGAUUUCAUUCUCGGCUUUUCACCGGCUAUCUAUGUGUUAUACUCUUGAUCCAAAUUGGAAUGUAUCUGUUUGAUUGAUGAUGAACUGACAA